AUGGCAGAUACGACCAACAACGCCGAAGCUCAGCACAGCUCUCCUCUUCAGCGCGGGGACCAUGCUCAGAGCGGCGGUCAAACAUUGGUUGGGAUGAUCAAGGACGGAAGGAAUGCCCGCUCCGCGCUAUAUACUUUUCGUACAAGCUAUGCUUUUAGUCUUUGCAUUAACGAUUCAGAUCGUCCGCCAGCGGCCUCCUUGGAGGCGGUCCUUAAAGGAAUUCCCCCUGUGGACGCCGCGGUUGCCGAAUUCAACUCCAUGUCCAAUACCGAGCCCCCCUUCCGCGACGUCCCCUCAAUCAUCAUCGCCUAUUUGAUCCGUCCGGAGCUUGUCCCUGGAGGUACAGAGCCGGAUUGGAUGCAAUAUCUCUCCUACUUCAUGAGAUCGCAGGCAGUUGCAGGCUUCGGAAACCUCCAGGACCUCCACGUCCUCAUCACCCGCAUCGUUCUGCCCCACGCAAUCAUUGAGAACCGCCGUCAUAUGGAGCAGCUAUAUACUACCUUUCCCGACUACCCUGUUCAGGACAGACUCCGCUACGAUGGCUGGGGGGAGACCCGCCGCGGACAAGUCAAUCCCGCUCAUAUCGUCAUUCGACCGCCUAUUCCAAUCGGUCCCCGCCCAAAUCUUGCACUCUCAACCGUCGCCAGUAUUCCACAACGCGCAAUCCUGCGAUCCUUCCCGACGCCCGAUGGUGCCAAGUUCUUAGAGUGGCUCACCAGUCCACAAAGCACCGCUGAGGGUGCUGCUAUACCGGUGCAGAUGACCCACCGCUCUUCGGAGCUAGAUGGGUACCUGACCGAGUCGGAGGAACAGAUCCGCCGCCUUAAUCUAGGCGAUCUCAUGCGUCGCACCAUCCGUGUGCUGAACAUCUUCUGGUGGAUCAAGGAGAACAACAGGCGGUUCGAGGGGUAUAGGGCGCAGGGAUGGGUGGGAAUUGGAUCAGAGGCUUAA